AUUUCGGUUACACUGAUAGUAUUCUUAGAUUCACAAAUGUCUUUAAUUACGCACUAUGUGUUUUUAACAAAAAAACCCUUACAAUUUUCAAUAAAAAUCAAUUGGACAUGUAAUCUUGAAUUAAAGUAUACAUCCGGCUGAGGUAUUAGGAGAAAGAGGGAGAGGAGUAAAGUGACAUAGACUUAACACCCUAAAAUAGAGGGAAAGAGAUAUUCACACACAUGCACAUUUACACAAACAGCGACAAAAUAUUGUAUAAACCACUCAAAUACUCAUUUAUAAGGAAGUGCUACGUUUAUGCUCAUUGUACUGUAAAACAGUAAAGUUUUAAUAAAUAUAAAAUUACGUAAUAAAAAUAUAAUAAUAUAAUUUUUGAAUUUAAAGUAAACAAUAACAAACCCAAGAACUUCAAGAAUUCAGCUAACUAACUGAUUUCAUACCCUUUUGAUGAGACAUUUAUUUCCGAAAAGUUUUCGUUCAGCGUAUCUGGGGUACGCCAAUUCCCGGGUUUUCGUAUAGAAAGGUAAGAGAAAAAUUAUAACAAAAAACUACUUUUUUCCGUUUCAAUCAGCCACUCGGCAGCAACUAGUUCCUUGCUUUAGGAUUUGCACUUAUACAAAAACAAAUAUUUCAUGAAUCUAACCUAAAUUGCUACUAAGAAGACAAAAUGCUUAAUCCUCCCUUGGUUGAAUACGGUAUACCAACAAGUUUCCAUUCAGUUAUGAGUAUUGGUAUCCAUACAAGCAUACUAACAUACAUAUGUAUAUAGUAUAUGCCAAUGUAUGUGAACCUAACAGUAAAUUCAACUAGUCCAAGCUAAUUGAUUCAAGCUCCAUGUUUUUUCAAUACUCUUUCGGUGUUUGGGUCAGUUCUGUACUACGGGAAAGUGAGCAAGUUGUCCUGCGAGCCUCUAAAGAUAUUACACCGAAGAAAUUAAUAAUAAUAAAAUAAAAUAAUUAGGCUUGAUUAUUUAAGCAUGCACACCCAUCGUAAUAAGCACUUUCUCACACUGAAUGCACGCAUGCUAAAUACAUUAAAACUUUCUUAAAACACUAUAAUAUAUCAGCAAGAUUUUGUAAUAAUUAUCAAAUCACGAUUGGUACAAAUCAGAAUUCAGAAUCUCUAUUUUCGCAAAAGUAUUUAAAAUGUUUUUAAUCAGUUUCUUAUCUAGAUUAAGCUCAAACUUUCUCAUUCUCUCAGAAGAAAUGUGUUAUGAGAACACCUCUCCUUCCGGCGAGAAAGUAAGCACUUUCAUUGUUGAUAAUCACAUUGGCAUUUUUUCAAAUUAAAGGCUUCUUGAGCCCGGAUCACUGUUAGUUCGACCUCAAUUGAAAUUUUCUAUCUGCAUUACAAUUCAGGGUAAUCUCGUAUUAGGUAUAUCAAUUAUGUUUUAUAUACUUGUGGCUUUUAAAUUAAACAAAAGCUCAAUCAGUCCAAUACACGCACUUGUCUUCCCUUUGUGUCGAACUAUCACUUAUUUGUACUUACAUACCAAAUACUUACACAUGUGUGUGUAGAAAUUCUGUUCUGACAGAGUGCUCCACUCUCAGUUCAGAGCAGCGUCUUUUGUGGACGCGCACAGUUACGAUUAGACUUCCCGAGCUGUGUUAUCACCUACGGCGCUGCAGUCGCAAUAAGUCCGCCAAUUCCAUCAGACAAAGUGCACCAUUAGUUUUAGAUUCAAAAGUAAUCAGAGCGAUUCAGACGUUCCGUUACCGCGUGUACGAGUAUAUGCUUACAAACGAUUGUGCUGAGAACUGUGAUAUAAAUGUAGAGUGAAAGAAUAAAAGAAUCAAAUUAAUUAUGUUACAUUGCUAAAUAUAAGACGAAUGUGCCUGUGGCAAAGGUCGCCAACAAUUUAAUUGAACGCAAACAGGAUUCAACAAAACAUAUAAGCAAGUUUAAUCACAGAGCCACUUUAAACUGCCGAAGCAAGUAAUUGUAAAAUCAGUAAGAAAACAGCAUGGUUUUGAAACAUCCAAUCGUAGACACAAACAACCCAAAUACUACAAUAGGUCAGAUAAUACCCUCAUCAACUGAAAUGAGAUCGAAUACGACGUCAGAGAUGGCAACAGUGAGAUGUAAUACAUCAUGUAGCCAACAGAAUUGUAUUGAGGUUGAGUUUCCCACACACUCAACAAGCUGCGACCAUGUUAUCAAUGAGCGUCUGCUGAAUUGCUGUCCAAUAAGGGUGAACGAUGGCAAUGACCGUCUGACCACUACAACUAGUAAAGAAACACUCACAAUGUUUGAUAGUCGUAAUGCCACGAGAACGUCGAAUCGUCUUAUCUCUAAUGAAUCGGCCGAUUCGAUAGGUUCGAACUCGACAGAUAAGAAGACGCCAGCGGUACCUGAUGGUGGUUACGGCUGGAUCAUUGUAGUAGCCUCACUCAUUGUUUCACUAAUCGCUGAUGGUUUAGGGUUCUCAUUUGGUCUGAUUAAUUCUGAAUUGUUAAAUUACUUUGGAGAAUCCGCUUCAAAGACGGCAUGGAUUAGUUCAUUAUUUUUUUCUGUACCACUAUUAAUGGGACCGAUUUGGUCGAAUCUAGUUGAUAAGUAUGGCUGUCGUAAAAUGACCAUAUUUGGAGGUUUUCUAUCAGCCGUCGGAUUUGGUCUCUCCUCACUUUGUAACUCUGUUGAAAUGUUGAUGUUGACCUUUGGUAUCAUAUCUGGUUUGGGACUGGGAAUAGGAUAUGUAACAGCAGUUGUAUCAAUCGCUUUUUGGUUUGAUAAGAAACGAACGUUCGCUACUGGCAUUGCUGCAUCUGGCACGGGAAUUGGCACAUUAUUAUACGCACCGCUGACCCAAUGGCUUAUUGAUAGCUACGGUUGGAGAAUAGCCACAUUAAUUCUCGCCGGUACUAUGCUGAACACUUGCAUCUGUGGUGCAUUAAUGCGUGCUCCCGACUGGUUAAGUGGAGAAAAAAAAUUAGAAAAAGAAACUCGUUCACAAAGUUUACCCACAUCUCCCAUUUCCAUUAUAAAUCAUAAAGAAAAUCUAACGAAGGAUACUUUAAAUGAGAUCAUUUUAACUAAAAGUACUGCAAGUGGAAGAAAAGAAAUCCAUGAUACAGAUUAUAUGAGACGUUUAUAUAGCGAAUUGCUCAUUCCUACCUUCUUGGGAUCUCAAAAUUUAGAUCACGAGUAUAAAGUCAGUAGUCUGAAGCCGCAAUUGUCACAACGAUUUAGAGACGAUAUGAAAUCGUCUUCUCAUGGAAAUAUGCCAUAUUUGACAUCGCAUGGACCUAAGAAAACAGCAGUCAUUAUGGAGUCCCAAAUUAACGCACUCAUGGGUGACAUUACUGAGACUACAAUUGAAGUCGAAGAGUUGAAUAUAGAAUCUAUUGACGCCGAGUAUAAUAAACAGUUAACAAAUGAGACUGCCCGUAGAUUAAAUAAUAACGGUUCUUCACUAAUUUUGGAAGAUAAUGUAAAAAAUUUAACUAAUUGCACAAAUAUUUUGAAGUUCGAAAAUGAUGUUUACAAAGACCCAAAACAUUAUGUAGAAGCUCAUGGCCCACCAAUGAAGUUGAUAUCGUGCUUGAAUCUACGACAAACUAGCUCAAUACCGAGUGCCAAUCUCCAGAAGAAUAUGCGAAUACAUAAUAAUAUCUCACGUGACCGUAGUACAACUUUGAAGCCAUAUUUUCGCCGUACAACUUCCUGUCCGAAUAUCUUUCGGCAUUCUACAGCGGUACACGCAAAGGUGAAAGAAGACACUUGGUACGAAUAUGCGGUUGGCGCCAUGAAGUCGUCGUUUAAAUUCUCAUUAUUUGCGGAUGCGAAAUUUACACUAUUUAAUUUGUCAAUAUUAUUUUUGUUCAUUUGGUUCAUGAUACCAUAUCUUUAUCUGCCGGAGCAUAUGAAAAUUCACGGUUACGAAGCAGCGGACAGUGCGCAUAUGAUUUCGGUUAUUGGAAUCGCGCAAACAAUUGGCAUGAUCGGUCUAGGAUAUGUGGGCGAUCGUUCUUGGAUGAAUGUGACAAUCUGCUAUUCGGCGUGUAUGGUAGUUUGUGGAAUCGCGGUACUUCUAAUGCCGCUCGUGGUGAACACGUAUGUUGGACUAUUGCUAGCUUGCAUAGCCUUCGGUUUCACAUUCGCCAGUUCUUAUUCGCUUACGCCAAGCAUUUGCGUCAGAAUUGUGAAAUUAGAAGAUUUUACUUGCGCCUAUGGUUUGGUGCUGUUGGUUCAGGGCGUCGGUAUGAUAGUGGGGCCACCAAUUGCUGGCGCAAUUUUCGAAAUGACGCUGAGAUGGGACGACACAUUCUAUUUCGCCGGAGCGUUUAUAGUCUUAUCAGGCGCGGCCUCCUACCUGAUUGAAUUCUGCGAGAAGGGAGAGAAAGUCAUAUCCAGUGAUGUUUCCGAAACAUAGAAAAUUUAAAUUAUAAAAAUCAAAAUUCGUCUUGUACCUUUGUAAGAAAUCGCACCGAUUGAUUGUGAAUUCUUAUGCCUGGCAAAUUUGUUUUAGCGUCUAAUUGAUAAGUUUUUUGUAAUUUAUUAUAUCUACCUCAGGAGAAAUACACGUUAGUUUUUACUAUCAAU